AUGUAUCAAUGCGGUGCCGAACGGUCACGGACCAAAGCAUUCGCCGCAAGAUACUUAAGGAGCAGAAUCGCUGAUGGAAAUGUUCCUUCCUUAAUCAUAGCAGCUUUGACAGAGCAACUCAGCCAAAACAACAACUCGAAACCCAAAUUUGCUCGUGUUGGCCAAAACCAGCAAAAGCAAUACAGCUGGCAAAAUAGAGAAGAAAACAAUCGAAAUAUUCCACAAAGCUUCAAACCACUAAACACCCAGAUGUCUGUGGAACCCCCACAGAUCAAGGAAAACUCCAUUCAGCACAGUCAAACUAGCAAACAACUGAUAUUGAUGACUGUUGAAGGCAAUAUUUGGAACGCCAGAAAACAUGCCUACGAAAAAGCGCUAUUUUUUUUCGAUUCUGGCGCACAAAAAACAGUAAUCGAGGAAAAUCUUGCAGGACAACUCGGUCUACCCAAGAAUACGACCGAAAUCUGCACCAUUUCCGGAAAUGGCGGGCAUAUCGAGUGCUUCGAAAGUCAUAAGGUUCCGGUAAAACUAGGAACUGUUUUCGGAGGAGAAAUUUGCAUGACCAUACAGACCAAACCAGUCAUAACAAACGGAUUCCCUUCAGUGAAAUUGAACACAGAAGAUAUUGAGUUCUUGAAAACAAACACUAUCUGUCUAGCAAAUUCAAAGCUUCGUGGUGAACAUCAAAAUCCACACAUUCUCGUUGGACUGGACUACUACCACGAUUUAGUUACGGAUCCAGCAAACGGAAUCCGAACACUAUCUGGUUUUCAUAUAACAAAAACGGGUUUUGGACCCACAAUUUAUGGUCGAGGAAUCAGCAAAAAAAUGUUUGAGUUGGACGGCCUUGGUAUCAUGCCGGAAGAAACCCAGGGAGACGAAAAAGUUCAAUGA